AUGAAUGAGUUUAGUGUCCCCCACGUUGCAGGCAGUCGGCAAGACUAUGAGACGGCCUUGUACACAGCCGAGCAGUUCGAGGCGUUUGGAUUGAAGACCGAGAUCAAGACGUACUACACGUUGCUCUCGACCCCUGUACGCCGUCAUCUAGCUAUAGUAGGACCUGUUGAAGCUGCACGAAAGCUCAACUUGACGGAGCCAUCGGUGGUCGGAGACGCGUGCACUAGUGACGACGACGCAUUGCCGCCCUUCCUCGUGUACGCCGCCACGGGGAACGUCACAGCCUCUGUAGUCUACGUGAACUUCGGCAAGCCCGAAGACUUCGAGUGGCUUGUGGCCAGCAACGUGGCACUGGAGGGCAAAAUCGCACUCGCUCGCUACGGCGGGAACUAUCGGGGCCUGAAAGUCAUGGCCGCGGAAGCGCACGGCAUGACAGGAGUGCUCGUUUACUCGGACCCGAACGAAGAUGGCUUCGUCCAGGGACCAGUGUACCCUGACGGUCCGUGGCGACCGGAAGACUCGUUCCAACGUGGAGCGACCAUCUUCUUGUCGCUAGCCGCUGGAGACCCACUCACGCCUGGUUUCGCUUCUGUUCCUGGCAUAUACAAAAAAAAUUCAAAAAAAUAUUAA